AUGCCAUCCGAACCAUGGCCCCUCGCUCCUCGCGAGCCCAAAAAGCCCCCAACCGGAUGUGCAACGACCCGAUCCUCCUACUUGUUCCGCGGCCGCACCCUUGGCGAAAUCAUUUCUUGCAGCCCCAGCCCGAAAGUCACCUGGCGCCCCUCAGACCAGCUCAUCAUGAAGUCGUUCCUGGCUUUCUACCGCCUCUCCAUCCCUGCGAUCCGCUCUAUGGCUGCUGGCCCCACAACCGUCAAGUCACGCCAGCGUAUCCUGAACGAGUCUUCCAGUGACAGCAAACCCUGCCCGACCCUUGUUGAGCUUGCUGCCAAACUGAACAUUGAAGUGGCCUCGCUCUCAAACGAAGAAUGGAUUGCGAUUCGGAAGAAAAUGUCGAGCAGCAUGAUCCACACACUUACAAAAGCCAUCAACAAAGGCAUACUGCACCCCGAUUUCGAUGAAGAUAUUGGUGUCCCCGCUCUCAACUGGCCCAACGACGUGAGGGACGCCUGGACUCAUAAGGAAUGGUGGGGAGACGAGGAGGCCAGGCUGCCGCCACCACCGCCACAAACAUCCGACGUUGCAAGUUCGUCUUGCACCGCCAGCGUUCAUGACCGUCAUGACGGAAGCCCCUCUUCAUCCAUGUCCCGUCCAGCUUCACCUCUCUCGGUUCAUUUACCUCCAGAUCGCCUGUGCUCCCCGCGUCUGAUCUCUACCCCGCCAUCGAUACCACCACCAUCGCAACCAAGGAAGCAGCCGCCUCCACAACUCAGCACCGUCAUCUCUGCUGCAAAACACCUUCGCCAAGCUACUGCCCAACACCUCUCAUCCAUCAUUGCCGAAGGCGAUGCAUGGCAGGCCACGCUCCCAACGCUCCCCUCAGCCGUCCUCGGCCCGUCCUGUCGAGCUCGCCAGUCUGCUCUUCGCGCCAUCCUUGACAUCGACCUCUUCAUGGACGAGCUGCUUCCGCUCUCUCGACCGCUCCCUCGACCGGACAAGACGGUGGACUCAGGCCCUUUUCCUCCGUUGGUCCCUGGGUUAUUGGACCUCAAGAUGACGAGACACAUGGCCCGGGUCUCGAGAGACGGUGCCGCCCAGGAUCUCCGUGUUGCGUUUGAGGCUGCGUCUAGAUGCUCCAAGGCGGGAGGGAUGACUAGGGCCUGGGCCAGGAUGGGUCUGACCGACGGCUUCAGCGGCCUGCGUGUUGAUGAUUGCAGCUGA